AUGAUUAACCUUAUAGUGAGGGAUGACUCCGUAGAUAGUUGCCAAGCUUCUAAUGACUAUAAUGGACACGCAGGUCUUCGAAUUCUGGCAGUAUUCAUCAUACUGAUAUCGUCAGGAUUGGGGGUUUAUUUCCCAAUUUUAUCAUCAAGAUAUUCGUUCAUAAGGCUACCAAAAUGGUGCUUCUUUAUAGCGAAGUUUUUUGGUUCUGGCGUCAUCGUGGCCACGGCGUUCGUUCACCUUUUACAGCCCGCAGCAGAAGCUCUGGGAGAUGAAUGUCUCGGUGGCACAUUUGCUGAAUAUCCGUGGGCUUUUGGGAUAUGCUUGAUGUCGCUUUUCCUACUUUUCUUCACCGAAAUCAUCACUCAUUAUUUUGUAGCGAAAACACUGGGCCACGAUCAUGGGGACCAUGGGGAAAUUGCCAGUAUUGAUACAGAUAUUCCCAGUGCAGGAUUUGUUAUCAGAAAUACGGACUCAGAUCCUGCAUCUUUCAAUAACGAAGCUGCUUACUCCAUCCAUAACAACAAAACUCCCUACACAACCAGAAACGAAGAGAUUGUUGUCACUUCUAUAAAGGAAAAAGAGCCCAGCUCGAAUGUUACUAAUUAUGAUUUAGAAGCCGUAAAAACGCAAUCAAUAGCCAAUGGACUAAUUCCAAUCAGUUCGCAUGCAACAAAUCUCGCUUCUGUACCUGGAAAAGAUCACUACUCUCACGAAAAUGACCAUCAGGGUGCUUCCCAGUUAGGCACACUGAUCGAGGAGGAAGAUAAAGAACAAUACCUUAAUCAAAUGCUGGCGGUAUUUAUUCUAGAAUUCGGCAUCAUCUUUCACUCUGUAUUUGUGGGUCUUUCGCUGUCUGUUGCCGGUGAAGAAUUCGAAACUUUAUUCAUCGUUUUAACUUUCCAUCAAAUGUUCGAAGGUUUGGGUCUGGGAACAAGAGUCGCUGAAACAAAUUGGCCAGAAAGUAAAAAGUAUACGCCUUGGUUAAUGGGGUUAGCCUUCACGCUAACGUCACCUAUAGCGGUCGCAGUAGGUAUUGGUGUCAGACACUCUUGGAUACCUGGUUCCAGAAGAGCAUUAAUUGCUAAUGGUGUUUUCGAUUCGAUAUCAUCGGGAAUUCUAAUUUAUACUGGACUAGUCGAAUUAAUGGCUCAUGAAUUUUUAUACUCCAAUCAAUUCAAGGGGCCCGAUGGUCUCAGGAAAAUGCUUAGCGCAUAUUUCAUAAUGUGUUGUGGAGCUGCUUUAAUGGCUCUGCUAGGGAAAUGGGCAUAG